AUGUUAUCAGGAGUACAAGGAGAUAUGACAUCUUUAGAAAAUAAAAUAAUGGUUUUCAAGUAUAAACGAAAAACAGAAAGAGUCCGAGGACGGGACGAAAACGUAAUGAAUCGCGCAAUAAAUCCAAUUAACCAAAGAGAAACAUCUAUUCGCGGUGCCGCUCUGCAGUUUAGAAUUCCGUAUCCCACUUUACGUAAACAUUUUUUAAAGCAGCCCUCCAAAAAACAACGGUUUACACUAGUUUUUUCUGGCGAUAUAGAACAGCAACUUGUACAACAUAUUCAAGAAAUGGACGCCCGUUUUUAUGGGUUCACAAAACAAGACAUGCAUUUUAGCAUUUGAGUUCGCAAAUCGAAAUAAUUUGCCACAUCAUUUUCGUAAUGGUACAGCUGAGGAGCAAUGGUACGAGUACUCAAAUGUUAUGAGGCGAUAUCUCGAAUUAAGCCUUAGAACUCCAUAACCUACAAGCAUUGCCCGGGCUUGUGGAUUUAACAGGCCCCAAGCGCAGUUAUUUUUUGAUCAUUUAAAUAAUAUAAUGAAGAAAAUGUACCACGCCUCGUCUGCGGAGAUAUUUUUGGCAACUCUAAGUCUAGCGAAACAUGAAUAGAAUGCAAUAUGUGUCAAAACUGGGCUCAUCAAUUAUAUUUUUUUAAAGAUGUAUAACUAUAAUUAUAUAUUUUU